UUAUCCAUUAGCAAAGGGCUGUUUGAGUUGUAGGAACAGUGAGUACUAAGGUUAGAACAUCAAAGACCUUCCAUUUCUGCGGGCAAAAUUAAAGAGCUGCAGCCAUGAGUAGCGAUGCAGAAAUGGCGGUGUUCGGAGUGUCUGCUCCAUUCCUCAGGAAGCCUGAAAAGGAGCGGAUUGAAGCCCAGAAUCAACCCUUUGAUGCAAAAACCUACUGCUUUGUCUCUGACCCAGUUCAAGACUAUGUCAAGGGGAUUAUUAAAAGUACUGAAGGAGGAAAGACAACGGUGGAAACUGAAGAUAAAAGGACAGUUACGGUUAAGCCUGAUAAUGUUUUUCCAAUGAAUCCGCCCAAGUUUGAUAAAAUUGAAGACAUGGCGAUGUUAACACACCUGAACGAGCCAGCUGUUUUGUACAAUCUGAAAGAGCGCUACAAAGCCUGGAUGAUCUAUACGUAUUCAGGUCUUUUCUGUGUCACUGUGAAUCCCUACAAGUGGUUGCCAGUGUACAACCCUGAGGUCGUCAAUGCGUACAGGGGCAAGAAGCGCCAAGAAGCUCCACCCCACAUCUUCUCCAUCUCUGACAAUGCCUAUCAGUUCAUGUUAACUGAUCGAGAAAACCAGUCUAUUCUGAUCACUGGAGAAUCUGGUGCAGGAAAAACUGUGAACACCAAGCGUGUUAUUCAAUAUUUUGCAACAAUUGCAGCUGUUGGUGACGUAAAGAAAAAGGAAUCAACAAGCAGAAUGAAGGGAACUCUGGAGGAUCAAAUCAUCCAGGCAAACCCCCUGCUGGAAGCUUUUGGCAAUGCCAAGACCGUGAGGAAUGACAACUCCUCUCGUUUUGGCAAAUUCAUUCGUAUUCAUUUUGGUACAACGGGGAAGUUGGCAUCUGCAGAUAUUGAAACAUAUCUGCUAGAAAAAUCCAGAGUGACCUUUCAGCUUAAAGCUGAGAGGAGCUACCAUAUCUUUUACCAGAUCAUCUCUAACAAAAGGCCAGAACUUAUUGACAUGCUGUUAAUUACAACAAAUCCAUAUGAUUUUCCCUACAUAAGCAUGGGGGAGAUUUCUGUGGCCAGCAUUGAUGAUGCAGAAGAGUUAAUGGCCACUGAUAGUGCUAUAGACAUUCUGGGCUUUACGCCUGAAGAAAAAGUUGGUAUUUACAAGUUAACGGGCGCAGUAAUGCACUACGGAGUCAUGAAAUUCAAGCAGAGACCACGUGAAGAACAGGCGGAGCCUGAUGGAACUGAAGUGGCUGACAAAACUGCCUACUUGACUGGCCUAAACUCAGCAGACUUGCUAAAAGCACUUUGCAACCCCCGAGUUAAAGUCGGAAACGAAUAUGUGACUAAAAGUCAAACUGUAGAGCAGGUGCACCAAAAUGUCAACGCACUUGCCAAAUCCGUGUAUGAGAAGUUAUUCUUGUGGAUGGUCACCCGCAUUAACGAGCAACUUGAUACGAAGUUACCAAGACAGCAUUUCAUUGGAGUGUUGGAUAUUGCUGGUUUUGAAAUCUUUGAGCUCAACAGCUUAGAACAACUCUGCAUCAACUUCACCAAUGAGAAACUGCAACAGUUUUUCAACCAUCACAUGUUUGUCUUGGAACAAGAGGAAUACAAGAAGGAAGGUAUCGAGUGGACAUUCAUUGACUUUGGAAUGGAUCUGGCUGCCUGCAUUGAGCUUAUUGAGAAGCCAAUGGGCAUCUUCUCCAUCCUUGAAGAGGAGUGCAUGUUUCCCAAGGCAACCGACACUUCCUUUAAGAACAAGCUAUACGACCAGCAUCUUGGCAAGUCCAACAACUUCCAAAAGCCAAAACCUGCCAAAGGCAAAGCUGAGGCUCACUUCUCCCUUAUCCACUAUGCUGGAACUGUGGACUACAACAUUACUGGCUGGCUAGAGAAGAAUAAGGACCCUCUAAACGAAUCAGUUGUCACACUCUAUCAGAAAUCUUCCAUGAAAAUCUUGUCAAAUCUUUAUGCUACAUAUACCGGGACAGACGCAGAGGAAAAAGCUAAAAAGGGAGCAAAAAAGAAGGGCUCAUCUUUCCAGACGGUCUCUGCACUCUUUAGGGAAAACUUAAAUAAACUGAUGUCAAAUUUGAGGUCCACACAUCCUCAUUUUGUAAGGUGCCUUAUCCCUAAUGAGACCAAAACACCAGGUGAAAUGGACCACCAUCUAGUACUGCACCAGUUGAGAUGCAACGGAGUUCUUGAAGGGAUCAGGAUCUGCAGGAAAGGAUUUCCCAGCAGAAUUGUGUAUGCUGAUUUUAAACAAAGGUACCGAAUUUUAAAUGCAAGCGCCAUCCCAGAAGGGCAGUUUAUGGACAGCAAAAAAGCAAGUGAAAAGCUACUGGGGUCCAUUGACAUCGAUCACACCCAAUAUAAAUUUGGACACACUAAGGUGUUUUUCAAGGCUGGGUUGCUGGGAACUUUGGAGGAGAUGCGUGAUGAUCGUUUAGCUCUGCUGAUUACUCGAACACAAGCUUUAUGCAGAGGAUUCCUAAUGAGGAUUGAAUUCCAAAAAAUGAUGGAACGAAGGGAAGCCAUUUUCUCCAUCCAGUACAAUAUCCGCGCAUUUAUGAAUGUCAAGCAUUGGCCAUGGAUGAAACUGUAUUUUAAGAUAAAGCCUCUGCUCAGAAGCGCAGAGUCAGAGAAAGAAAUGGCACUCAUGAAAGAGGAGUUUGCAAAAACCAAGGAGGACCUGGCAAAGUCAGAGGCAAAAAGGAAGGAGAUGGAGGAGAAAAUGGUCAAACUUCUGCAAGAAAAGAAUGAUCUGCAGUUGCAAGUCCAGUCAGAAUCAGAGAAUUUGACAGAUGCAGAAGAACGAUGUGAUCAGUUGAUUAAAAGUAAAAUCCAGAUGGAAGCUAAGAUGAAAGAACUAAAUGAAAGGUUAGAGGAUGAAGAAGAGUCCAACGCUGAGUUGACAGCAAAGAAGAGAAAGCUUGAGGACGAGUGCUCUGAACUGAAGAAAGAUAUAGAUGACCUUGAGCUGACAUUGGCUAAGGUUGAAAAGGAAAGACAUGCCAUUGAAAAUAAGGUUAAAAACCUCACGGAGGAGAUGGCAAGUUUGGAUGAGACUAUUGUCAAACUAACAAAAGAGAAGAAGGCUCUCCAAGAGGCCCACCAGCAAACCUUGGAUGAUCUCCAAGCUGAGGAGGACAAAGUGAACUCUUUGACCAAACUGAAAACUAAGUUGGAACAGCAAAUAGAUGAUCUACAAGGAUCCUUGGAACAAGAGAAGAAAUUACGUAUGGAUUAUGAAAGGUCCAAAAGGAAGCUUGAGGGAGACUUGAAGCUGGCACAAGAUUCUAUUAUGGAUUUAGAGAAUGAUAGACAACAAAUGGACGAAAAACUAAAAAAGAAAGAUUUUGAGAUAAGCCAACUGCUUAGUAAGAUUGAAGAUGAGCAGACUAUGGGAUCUCAGCAUCAAAAGAAAGUUAAAGAGCUUCAGGCUCGUAUAGAAGAACUGGAAGAGGAAAUUGAAGCAGAGAGAGCUACGAGAGCCAAAGCUGAGAAGCAGAGGUCCGACCUGUCCAGGGAGUUGGAAGAGAUCAGUGAGAGGCUGGAGGAGGCUGGUGGAGCCACUGCUACUCAGAUUGAGUUCAAUAAAAAAAGGGAGACUGAGUUCCAGAAAAUGCGUAGGGACCUUGAAGAGAUUUCCCUUCAGCAUGAAGCUACUGUGGCCACCCUGCGCAAGAAACAUGCAGACAGCACAGCUGAGUUUGGGGAGCAAAUAGACAACUUGCAACGUGUGAAGCAGAAACUGGAGAAAGAGAAGAGUGAAAUGAGGAUGGAGAUUGAUGAUAUUAACAGUAACCUGGAGACUCUCACUAAAUCCAAGGCCAAUUUUGAGAAGAUUUGCCGUACAAUGGAAGACCAUCUUAGCGAAUUUAGGUCCAAGACAGAGGAAAACCAGAGAAACAUAUCUGAGCUGACAAUGCAUAGAGCGCGCCUACAGACUGAGACUGGAGAGCUGUCCCGACAACUAGAAGAGAGGGAAGCUAUGGUAUCACAACUAUCAAGGUCAAAACAAGCUUUUACUCAGCAAAUUGAGGAACUCAAAAGGAUGUUGGAAGAAGAAGUAAAGGCUAAGAAUGCUCUUGCCCAUGGUUUGCAGUCAUCUCGCCAUGACUGUGAUCUUCUCAGGGAGCAAUAUGAGGAAGAGCAGGAAGCCAAGUCUGAGUUGCAGAGAUCUCUGUCCAAAGCAAACAGUGAAGUUUCCCAGUGGAGAACGAAAUAUGAGACAGAUGCUAUCCAGCGAACAGAAGAACUGGAAGAGGCCAAAAAAAAGUUAGCUCAACGUCUCCAAGAGGCAGAGGAGCAAAUUGAAGCUGUGAAUGCUAAAAGUGCAUCGUUGGAAAAGACUAAACAGCGACUGCAAGGGGAAGUAGAGGAUCUCAUGAUUGAUGUGGAAAGAGCCAACUCUGUAGCUGCUGCUCUUGACAAAAAGCAGAGGAAUUUUGACAAGGUCCUGGCAGAGUGGAAGAUGAAAUACGAAGAGACUCAAGCAGAACUUGAAUCUUCAUUGAAGGAAUCAAGGUCUCUAAGUACAGAACUCUUUAAAAUGAAAAAUGCUUAUGAAGAAUCAUUGGACCAACUUGAAACUAUAAAGCGUGAAAAUAAAAACUUACAAAGUGAGAUUACAGACCUAACGGAGCAGAUAUCAUCAAGCAGUAAAUUUAUCUAUGAACUGGAGAAAUCUAAGAAGCAAAUUGAAAUGGAGAAAAGCGAGAUGCAGGCGUCUCUUGAAGAAGCCGAGGCAGCUCUUGAACAUGAAGAGGCCAAAAUCCUUAGAAUUCAGUUGGAGUUGACCCAAGUCAAAGCUGACAUUGAGAGAAAAGUAGCUGAGAAAGAUGAAGAAAUUGACCAGAUGAAGAGAAACUAUCAAAGGGUCAUUGAAAAUAUGCAAACAGCACUGGAUUCAGAAAUAAGGAGCAGGAAUGAAGCGGUCAGGAUUAAGAAGAAAAUGGAGGGCGACCUUAAUGAAAUGGAAAUUCAACUAAGCCACUCAAAUCGUAUAGCUGCAGAAGCUCAAAAAUACCUGAAAAAUGUUCAAAGCCAACUUAAGGACACUCAGAUUCAUCUGGAUGAUGCCAUUCGAGGACAGGAAGAUUUGAAAGAGCAGCUGUCCAUAGUGGAGCGUAGAAGCAGUCUGAUGCUAUCAGAGAUUGAAGAGUUGAGAGCUGCUCUAGAACAGACUGAGAGAUCUAGAAAGAUUGCUGAGCAGGAACUUCUAGAUACCACAGAACGUGUUCAACUACUACACUCACAGAACACCAGUCUUAUUAACACCAAGAAGAAGCUGGAGAGCGAUGUUUCACUGCUGCAAGGAGAGAUUGAAGAUACAACCAAGGAAGCUAAAAAUGCUGAAGAGAAAGCUAAAAAAGCCAUUACAGAUGCUGCAAUGAUGGCAGAAGAAUUAAAGAAAGAACAAGACACCAGUGCUCACCUGGAAAGGAUGAAGAAAAACCUUGAUCAGACCGUGAAGGACCUUCAGCUCCGCCUGGAAGAAGCUGAGCAAUUGGCCCUGAAGGGAGGAAAAAAGCAAAUGCAGAAGCUAGAAACAAGGAUUAGAGAGCUUGAAGGCGAACUUGAUAUAGAGCAGAAAAGGAGUGCCGAUGUUAUAAAGGGAAUUCGUAAAUAUGAAAGGCGCGUGAAGGAGCUUGUUUUCCAGUCUGAAGAAGACAGGAAGAAUGUGCUGAGAUUACAAGACCUGGUUGAUAAACUUCAACUCAAAGUAAAAUCCUAUAAGAGGCAGACUGAGGAGGCUGAAGAUCAGUCUAACGUACAAAUGUCCAAAUGCCGCAAAUUCCAGCAUGAGCUGGAGGAAGCAGAGGAACGUGCUGACAUUGCAGAAACUCAGGUCAAUAAGAUGAGAUUGAGAACUCGUGAAACCAUCACUUCAAAGACAAUUGUUACAACACAAGAGUGAGCAAUGAAACCGGCAAAUAGAAUUUAACAAGAUGUUUAUUUCACAAGAAGGCGCAGUGUCUCGUCUGAGAAAAAUGAAGUAAUAGCAGUGAAAUCACUUGUUACCUGUUUGGCAAUCAAAACAGACUCAAGAUUUAAUUUUUUUGUUUCUAUCAAUUUCAUUUUGUCUUAAUGUGAAAAAAUGUUACCAGGAAAUUUGUAAGGCUUAAAGGGAUGGUAAACCCAUACUUUUACUCUGUAUGAAAUGUUGCCUUGUGAACAUAAGCCUGCUUGUUCUACGCUGGGGGUGUUUUCACAUAGUCAUGCUGGCAAACCAAUCCAUGAGCCGUUGUUUAUUCUCGAGAUGGCAGGUGGUUGGUACAAGCAUUCAGAAUCCAUUCCACCUGUCCUGUACAUAUUAAAGAAAUGAUCACUCCUGUGCACAUUUGUCUUAAGGGAUGAUUUAACUCUUUCAUACAGAAAGACAAGUGCUCUACCAGGAACGAGUAAAAGUGAUGACGAGUUAUCACCCAAAAGCAGCCUCUUUUAGCCCAAUUGUGCUUUUCCUGAAGUAUAUCAGUCUGAUCCCACCUAGUAAGGUCAGUCCAGCCCCUUAAAACCAGGCAAUCCUCAUUUGAACAAGGAAUAUGACAACCACAGACAAAAAUUUUGGCCUUCAUUGGGCCUCAUCAGUGAGGCGCAGCCAUAUUCCUCUAGCACAUUGGGCAAGGAGUCUACGUCUUGUUUCCCUCAUCACCCUUAGGGAGACUUCCCCAGGGUCAUAAUACAAACGAUUGUCUGGAGAUGUCAUGUUUCUUGUUCAGAGAAGGAUUGCCUGGUUUUUUGGGGCUGGACUGACCUUACUCAGCGGGAUCAGACUGAUAUACUUCAGGAAAGUUCUCCUCUGUGAAAAGCCCAAUUGGGCUAAAAGAGGCUGCUCCUGUGUUUUAACUCACUAUAGAACAAGCUACUAAGCUGUUGUUCAUUCCUAGUAGAGCACUUCUCUUUCUAUCUAAUUUCACUCCAUCUCUGGUAGCACUCAGACUAAAAUAAAUUGUGACUCACAAGCACAUAGCUUUGUGACCUACUCUUUACUUUGGUUUGACAGGUCUAGCAGUGCUUCUGCUUCAUGAGAAAUGAGAAGCCACACACCUUCCGUAGACUGCUGCAGAGCUGCACUAAAUGUUAUUGCUUGAGCUGCACUGCUGAUUAUUGGCUGUGCCAUCCGCCCCCACACAAAAUAAAAAAUAAAAAUCACUGGCGCAACUGUAUAGACACACACCCAGCCAGGCGCUAAAAGGCACUAUUUCAUUAUUCUUAACAGGACUGCAGGCACGUGGGUUUAUAUUUCCGAGAACCGUCUAUUUAAAUUUUAGUUACUUAGAUUUCAAUUUUAUUUUAUUCUCCAGGUAAAUAUUUCUCAAGAGAAAUGUGUUUAUCAUUUGCCAUAAAUCAAUUUUUUGCAACAGUUGAACCUUCUUGGCUUUGUCAUCAACCUCAUAUCAUACUAACGGGACAUGAAACCCAACAUUUUUCUUUCAUUAUUUAGAGAAUAUAAUUUAAAAAGAGUUUCCAAUUUACUUAUUUUAUUAAAUUUGCUUAGUUCACAUGUUAUUCUUUGUUGAAGAGAGACCUAGGUAGGUAGCGUGCACAUGCCUGAAGCACUACAUGACAGGAAAUAGUGCUGCCAUCUAGUGCUCUUGCUAAUGUUGCAAAGCUGCAUGCCGUAUAGUGCUGCAGACAUGUGCACACUUCUGAGCAUACAUCCCUGGUUUUCAACAAAGGAUAUCAAGAAAACAAAUAAAAUGUGAUACUAGAAGUAAAUUGGAAAAUUGUUCAAAUUUGUAUGCUCUAUUUGAAUCAUGAAAUAAACAUAUAGGGGCCUAUCUAUCAAGCUCCGUAUGGAGCUUGAAGGCCGGUGUUUCUGGCGAGCCUUCAGGAUCGCCAGAAACACCAAAUAUGAAGCAGCGGUCUAAAGACCGCUGCUCCAAAACCUGUCCGCCUGCUCUGAGGAGGCGGACAGACAUCGCAGGAAAUCAAUCCAAUCGAAUACGAUCGGGUUGAUUGACACUUCAUGCUAGCGGCCGAUUGGCCCCAAAUCUGCAGGGGGUGCCGUUGCACCAGCAGUUCACAAGAGCUGCUGGUGCAAUGCUGAAUGCGGAGAGCGUAUUGCUCUCCGCAUUCAGCAAAGUCUGUCGAACAUGAUCUGCUGAUCGGAUCAUGUCCAAAAAAAGGGUUGAUAAAUAAGCCCGUUUGGGUUUUACGUCCCUUGCCUGACCUGUUAUGGUAUCUGAAGACAGAGGUUCCAAAGCAUUGGUCUGUGGAAGCUAAAUGUUAAGACUGAUCCUGCAAUAGUAGGGUAGAGAAAUAAAAAAAUACAGAUAAUUCGGCCCCAUAGAAUCUAGAAAAGAGAAUCAUAUGUGUUAGUACAUUGAAUAUUGUAUAUGCUGUAAAAAAGCCUUAUGCAAUCCAGACUUGGGAACCGUAGUGAGUACCAGUUAUGGAUAUUUAUGGCAUUAGGGCCAUUAUUUUCAAUAAGUAUACUGCAAGGAUUAAUCUUAAGGUCUCAGUAGGUGAAAACAAAAUGGCUGUUUGUACUCCCCUGAGUACUUCAGUUUUGUGAGCUGCAUUGUUUUUUUAUGCAUUUACAGGGAUUUACUUUAUUUCUGAUAGGAAAGUCAAGAAACUAGUUGCCAUUGUUAAUAUGGAGGCAAUAGAUAGGAUUGAUAUAAAAAAAACCUUCAGGUAUAAUAAGGGAAUUAACAAAGCUGAUGGUGAUUAAAAGAGCAACACUAGGGUAAGGGGUCAAAUCCUCAAGUUAGAGGGUAGCAGGUUCAGGAGUUUACAGAAGUUGUGGUUGAUUCAUGGAAUAGACUUCCAAUACAGGAGGUAAGGAAGAAUGGAAAAACACUGCAUUCAUAAAGGAAAGAUAUAACAAUAUUUCCUAAGAAAUUGAUCACAGGUUUUUGUAUUUGAAAAUAAUCAUAAGUUACCCAGCCAAACUGUGCAUCUAUCACAGCUAUGAUUUCAUUUUAACCGAAAAGGGACACCGCCUUCAGUUAUGUUUGGAUGUAGAAAGUAGUUGUACUUUCCUUGAAGGAAAUAAAUAUAAUAUGCACACCA